CUGUCAAGGCAUCGCACCUAUUACGGGUUCAAAUGGCCUGGUGCAUUGUCUGUGCAGAUCCUUCAACUUGGACCACAAACAUCUCUCAACAUGAAUGUUCUAGUUUGGGUGUUUCACGUAGGGGGCUUUCUGUCUGUGGGACUAUUUAUGACUCGGUCAAACAGGAGGGGUUCCCAUUUCUCUUUCAAGGCAAGUCACAGAUGUGGGUCAGUAUUGAAACCUUUCCUGUUUCCAGGGAACAAGGACCUCCUCUAUGUGUUCUCACUCGUGCUCCGAUUCCCAGGGUCUUCAUCAAACUCAAGCAAGAUCACAGCAGAAUGAUCCUUAUUUCUCCAGCUUGUCCAAGACAGACUUGGUAUUCAGACCACCACAAACUGUCCUCUCAGGAACCUUUUCUGUUGCCAGUGACCAAAGAUCUCCUAAUGCAGAACCAUGCAUCCAUGCUGCACCUGAAUCCUCUAGUACUGCACCUCACAGCAUGGUUCAUCAGUGGUUGAGUGCAGAGGAAGUGCAUUGGUCAGUGGCUGUCCAGAAUGUCCUUCUGAAUAGCAGAAAACCUUCCCCCAGAGCUGCCUACCUAAGUGGAAACAUUUCUCCAUUUGGGGAGCCUCCCAUAAUGUGUAUCCAACUCAGGCCAGCAUUCAGACAAUCCUAGACUGUUUUUUGCAAAUUAGAAUUCAGUCUAGCAUUCAGCUCUGUUAGAGUACAUCUGGUGGCCAUUUCAGCUUUCCAUCCUCUGAUAAAUGGCAAGACUGUCUUAACUCACCCCAUCUCUACCAGGUUCUUGAAUGGUCUGAAGAGAUUAUUCCCACCAGUCUGAAAACCAGUACCUUCCUGGGAUUUGAAUUUGGUGUUGUCUGCACUUAUGGAACCUCUCCAAGUCUUUUUUGCACCUGUCAGCAGAGGUAUAAUUUUUAGUGACCAUCACUUCUGUCAGGAGGAAAAGACCAUUCGGGCCUCUUCCCAGCUCUUUGUGCCAUACACAGAACAUAUGAGGCGCCAUCCAGUCACAACUCAGAGACUUUCCAAAUGGAUCACAAGCUGCAUCGCAGUGGCUUGUGCUGCUAAAGGAGUGAUGCUUCCUGAUAGACUCACAGUGCACUCAACCAGAGCACAUGGAACCUCAUCAGCAUUUCUGGCACGUGUCCCAAUCGCGGACAUCAGUACAGCAAUAACGUGGUCCUCAGAUCAUGCUUUCAUCAGACAUUAUGCGCUCUCUGCCGCUUCAAGAUUGCUAUCAAAGAGCAACUCCAUGAGACUCAGGGAAUGUGUGAAUAUGCGGUCUAUGUUCAAGCCUUGGUACUUCGUUUAGAAGGGAAGAUUCAAGAGUCCCUAGAACUUUUUCAGACAUGUUCCAUUCUAAAUCCUCAGAGUGCUGACAACCUCAAACAGGUGGCACGAUCAUUGUUUCUGUUAGGAAAACACAAAGCAGCUAUUGAAGUAUACAGUGAAGCAGCUAAACUCAACCAGAAGGAUUGGGAGAUCUGCCACAACCUGGGCGUGUGCUACAUGUACCUGAAGCAUUUCAACAAGGCAAAAGACCAGCUGAACAAUGCCUUGCAGCUCAACAGGCAUGAUCUGACAUACAUGAUGCUGGGAAAAAUUCACCUGCUGCAAGGGGAGACCGACAAAGCCAUCGAAGUCUAUAAGAAAGCAGUGGAGUUUUCUCCAGAAAACACAGAGCUGCUUACGACCCUGGGUUUACUCUAUUUGCAGCUUGGGGUUUAUCAGAAGGCAUUUGAACAUCUUGGAAAUGCACUUACAUAUGAUCCCACCAAUUAUAAGGCUAUCUUGGCAGCUGGCAGUAUGAUGCAGACUCACGGUGAUUUUGAUGUAGCCCUCACCAAGUACAGGGUAAUAGCCUACACCAUGCCUGAAAGCCCCCCAUUAUGGAACAACAUUGGAAUGUGCUUCUUCGGCAAGAAGAAAUACGUGGCAGCUAUCAGUUGCCUGAAGCGAGCCAACUACUUAUCUCCUUUUGACUGGAAGAUUCUGUACAAUUUGGGGCUAGUCCACCUGACAAUGCAGCAGUAUGCAUCUGCUUUCCACUUUCUCAGCGCCGCUGUCAACUUCCAGCCCCGGAUGGGAGAGCUCUACAUGCUCCUGGCAGUGGCUCUGACAAACCUCGAAGAUGUUGAGAAUGCUAAACGAUCCUAUGAGCAAGCUGUAGCGCUGGACCAGUGCAAUCCCCUGGUCAAUCUGAACUACGCUGUGCUGCUCUACAACCAGGGGGAUAAGAAGGGAGCACUAUGCCAAUACUACGAGAUGGAGAAGAAGGUCAAUGCCCUGAAGGAGAACAGCACUCUCGACUUUGAUCCUGAGAUGGUGGAUGUGGCCCAGAAGGUGGGAGCUGCCCUGCAGGCGGGGGAGAGUCUGGUCUGGACUAAACCCGUCAAAGAUUCCAAAUCAAAGCAGCGAGUUGCUACAUCUAGCAAACCCUCUAGCACUCAGCAACCUCUGGGCUCUAACCAAGCCCUGGGUCAGGCCAUGUCUUCAGCAGCUGGGUAUGGGAAGACUAUGCAGCUUUCUACAGGUGCUGGAGCAUCGGCUCCCCUUGCAAAGCCCCCGUCACUGCCUCUGGAACCUGAACCGGGCUCAGAAACAGGCCCCGAAGAGACCACACCCCCUACAGAGCCCCAAGAACGGAGAAAAGAGAAGCGCAAAAGCAGGCUGACCACAGAAUAGAACAGCAGCACUGGACGGACUGGGCAGGCGUGGGGCCUGCUGGGCUGUUGGGAGCAAAAUCUUCACUGCCACCCCUUAACUCAAGCAGUGGGGAAGGGCAGCUGCCCCCCAGCAUGGCCUGCAGUGACUUCACCAUACUGUGAGCUUAGGCAAAAUGCAGCUGGAUGCCAAUACAGUGACAUUAGCACCUGGCCUCAUCCUUGUCCCAGUGAUUCUUUGCUCCAUGGCACCCAGAAGAGGUUCUGAUGAGCUGCCCAUUAGUGCUGCUGUGGGACUGCAUGAGGUAAUUGAGGUGCAAUCCCCUCCUUCCUUGAGGGCAGGGCUGCUGUAGCAUUGCACACAGUGCUUAGGUGCUGAAUCACUGAGAUGGGCUGAGUCAGCAGGAUGGUUUAGCAAGGGCCAACCACAGUGACUGCACAGCUUUUAAAGCAGUAGCUUGGACCAGUUCUCUAGUUAGAGCCCAGAGAGGAUCAUGCCCCUUUAGCAAGUGAGCCUUUUAGCUGGCUCAGAGGAAGCUCUACCAGCCCCCUGUAGUAAGGUCAGUGGAAGAACUGGAGGAGGGGAGAAGCUAGAAAAAUUAACAGGACAAUUGAGUGGAAGCCAGAUCAGUCCACGAAGUGAAACAAGCCUGAACGCAGGCCUGAAGGAGGGGCACCAGUUCAGGCUAUGCUCAUUGACGAUAAUGUGAGAGGCUACUCUGCAUUGCCCAGAGGGAGAUGUGUGCAACCUGCAUGCCUGUUUACCAAAGCCCAGCCUCUCGUCAGGGUUGUCCAAAAACCUGGGGAAAGCUUUUCCAGCCCCCUUUUCUCAGGCAGCUAGCUCACACUGGGAGAGGAGCUCCCUCCCUCAGAGCUGGUCGCAGUGCUGUCAGUCCUGCAAGGUAGAGGUGACAGGGACUGGGGAGGGAGCAUACUUCUUUGUAAUAGACUCAGCCUUCAGCCAGUAGCAAAUGAAAGGAGAUUGGAGUUUCAUCCAUAGUGUAAGUUUCUUGCUGGCAGAGCAGAGCAGACUUACGGCAGGCAGGGGGUACCUUGAUACCCUACUAACUCGCUGCCUCAGUUGGGUGGGAGUUUUAAAGUAUGUGGAGUAAUUUGCCUUCAACGUCCAGCUCUCCUGUUUGUUCUGGUGGUGACAGGCUGGAACCAAUUCCAUUCCCACAGUCACUAAGUGACAAGGGACAGGCUGACAGAGCCAAACAGAAUUGGAAAGUGGCUGCUUUCAUUUCUGCCUUUUCCAGCAUCCCUGGGGAAGUUACAGCUGUAGCCUCUUUUGGGAACUUACACCUGUAGAGAGUUCUCUUCCUGAAACGUAGGUAGUUCUGGGAGGUAGCAGGCACGAGGAUGUGUUGGAACUGAGAAUUAGCCUGUUUCCUUAGGGUUACUUACCUUCUGAUCCCCUUCCUCCCUCCCCCAUAAGUUAAAUGCAGUUGACACUAACUGGUCUAAUCUUAUUAAAGCCAUUGAGGUUGGACAAGCUGGGUAGUGACCGUCUCUACAGUUCCAUCAGUUCCCACCCUUUCCAGACUCGACUGCAGCCUACAAGGGAAAACUGGCACCUUGUUUGUUUUUUAAACUUCAGUCCAUUCAGCCCCACACGUGCUGGGAGGGGAACGAUUAUUACCACUAAAGAAAUGGUGGUAACCCAAAGUGCCUGUGCACUUGGGCUGUCUUGUUCUCCGGAAGUGAUGGAGAAGAGGGGACCAUAUUAAGGGCUUCUCAAAUAUAGCCCUUUGUGAUAAUCACUAGCACUCAAGAAAGUAACAUAAUUAGCCUGAGCCAGGGCUGUUGUUGGGACAGCCUGAGUGAGGAAGAUGAUUUGGCAAAGACAACACAGCAAGAUCCUCAGUGUGCUCCCUUCCCCAUAACUUGCUGCUAGUUAUACCAAUUUGGUCAUUUAAAGUUUCCUGUUGCUAAGAUAGCUCUCACCUUUUGAACAAUGUAGCUAUUGUCAACUUUACCCUAGCCUGGCAGGGGAAACUUUCUCCAGCAGCUGCCGCUAAGCUAAGCACCUCACACCUGAAUGGAGCCAUCUGAGGCUGUUUUCCUUCUGAGUUAAGAGACUAGUUAAACUAAAGGUGAGGCCAGUUUCUCUGCCCUUCACCCACUAACAGUUUGUAUCUCCUAGCUGCUCUACCCUCAGUUCCACAGAAUGCUCCAGCCAAAAAAAGCUGCUUUUUCAACAUAAAACAGAACCACUGCCAUCUACAUAAAAUGUCAGGAUGGUGUAGCCCUUGUCCGCCUUGCCCCACAGUGAUUGCAAUCACUCUAAUCACUGCUCAAGCCCCUAACACACCUUAGGCCACUGAAUUAAAAACUUGUGCAAGGAACCCUUUGUUAGUGUGACAGGAACCUACAGUGUGUUUCACAGGUUUUCUGUACCUACAGCUUCCACUGCUUUCUGUGUAUCAGGUGCUCAGACCUCUGAAAGGCCUAGCCUAGGCAUCAUUUACAAGUCCUAUUCUAGCUGUAUUAUGGGAUAAUGACCUUCAAGUUUCAUCAGUGUUAUUCUGCAUAAUCAACAGUAACUAAUCAGAGUGUACAAGAGAGGGCAAUUAACGUUACUGGAUCCUUAGUUUAGUCACCGAAUGCCUGGUGCAAUGUGGGCUAGGUUCUGGGAAUAACAGCAGCCCCCUGUUAUACAUUCCAAUUAACUACUAUUGUGCAAAAUGACCCUAAUGCAAUUUUAAAGUUAUUAAAGCACAAUCAGGAACCAAAGUUAAUGUAUUUUGAGGGUUUAGCUGACAAAUGGCUGAUGAAAUCUUGCUCUAUUAAACACUCUAAAUGAACAGCAACAGUUCACAAUUUGUGGUUUGUAACCAAAGAAGUGCCCUGUUUAAACUAGGUUUGACUUCUUCACAACCCAUUUAACUGGUUUGCAGUUGUUUUACAGUAGCUCCUAGAGGCAUCCCUCUGGAUCAAGGCCCCCCUGGGCUAGGUGCUGUACAAAACAGAGUUCUUUCCCUGGAGAGCUUACAAUUAGUAGGUGAAAUGGGAAGCAACUUACUUACUAGAAUGAUCAGUUAUGAUUUAGGUGUCAUGUUAGGUGCAAUUUUAUGUUGAAAUAGUCAUGCUGAAUGUUGCACCCCAUGGAAAUGACAGUAUGUGAGAGGAUUGAUUUUUACCGGAAGAGCACAAAGCUGGGCAAGGAGUGCUCUUCACUUCUAAAGUAUGGAGAUAAUUUUUUUUUUAAUAAACACAAUUUGCUUCAGCAUCAGCAUCCCCCCUUCAAACCUCUCUGUGCAGUUUCUUCAGCAUUUAGGUGCAAUACAGUUAAACGUGGGCAGAGGAAGGUUUAUUAAUUUUAUAAGCAAAGCAAAGUUGCUUUAAUCCCUCUUGUUGAGGUACUGCUUUAUACCUUACAUUAAAACCCCUUUCAGACGAGGGAUGGGAUAGGACAGCCACUUGUGUUUGUACAUAAAAUAGGUGACCAGACCAUGGAAUGGUGACUGCCUAUGCCCAUGGGAAGGUGAUCCACUGAAACGGGAAGGCUGAGGCCUUGGCUACACGUGAGAGUUACAGCACUGCUGGUGGCUUUACAGUGCUGUAACUUACUUACUC